GUAUGAAAGGGGGGUCUGGGUAGUGGGUUUUGUGCCCUUCAUACGCUCCUUCCUUUUCCAGAGGAAAUAGCCUAUCAACAAGAAAACUGAGACUAGCUAGUGUGUAGGGUAUUAGGAAGGGGGGUUAGGAGGGGGAAACCCUGCCUGCAUGUAAAACCUUCUCAUAGAUGCGUCACACGUACACAUACUCGCACUGUACAUUGAAAAACAAGUUUACUCAUGUACAAAACCUACAUGUACAAGUGCUAAUAGAGAUUUGGCUGUAUGAUAUACCGCACCCAAUUAAUUGUGCAGUGAGUUUAAGGAGUCUGAAAGUAGGUGAAUGAAGGCCCCAUGGAUGCAAAGCACUAGCUAAACUGUCUUAAACUAUAGUUUUCGGAGGUGCUUUUGAAACUCUGGAUUUAUGUGGAUUUUUAAGAGUUACGCGGGAAGGAUCCAUUUUAGUGUGGAACAUCACAAAUAUAAAGAGGAAAACUUGAAUACAGAAAGACCAGGAUCUGCAACAACAGAUGACACAAGUGAAUUUUUCAGCAAAAAAAUGAGAGAAGAAUUUUUCAUCCAGUUAAAUUGAUCUUUAUUGUCCAGUUGAAAGUAAAAUCUCAAAGUGAUUAAUAAAAAGAAAUUGGCUUUAUUUAAUAAACAAUCAUUAGGUACAUAGUGUGACUUUCAGGAACUCUGAUAUAUUUAGAGGGCAUUUUUCCAAACCUUGGAAAACAAAUAAGCCAACAAAGAAAGAUUUAGAUACAUCGAAUACAUUUAAAAGCAAAGUUAUGAUAACAUUGCAAGUAAUGAAAUAAAAAAAAGAGAGGAGACAAUUUCUUGAGAUCAAGGAAAGUUGAAAUAAGAAGAACAGUGCAUAAUCGGUAGACUUGUGAACAAGAGAAUAUCUGACUGAAGAAAAAAAUCAUAUUGGAAAAGGAAGAUCAGUGAAAAGAGUAUUCACUGAUUGUGAUUGAGGGAACGACUGAAGGAAGAUCAAGAAAGGAGCAACACUGAUUUUUUUCUUGUGCUUGAGGGAACGACUGACUGAGGGAACAACGAUUUGAGAAAGGAGAUACAUGUACUGACAUUAACCUUGUGAUAGAGAGACCGAUUUAUCGAAGAAGAGGAAGAACCAACCGUCACCAUAGCUCCCAAGGAGAGACUCGUGAUGGAGAUCGAGGAAGAUCCUCCGACGCCUGGUCCACCCUUAUCGGAGCAAGGACAGUGCUAUCGUGUCUUUCUCUACUGUCUAAACGUCUUCUUUGUGUUCACAGGAGUGGCAAUGGUGGCGAUAGGAGUAUGGGUCCAAAUGGACCCCAUUAACGAACAGGUCGCGCUUCUCCUUGGCAACGACCUUUUCAAGAUGGCCGGCCAGGCCAUCGUCCUUGGUGGAGCAUUGAUCCUCGUAGUCUCCCUGCUUGGAUGUGUCGGGGCUCGUCUAGAGAACAAGUGUCUCCUAAAGAUGUAUUUCUACCUGCUGCUGGCGGUAUUUGUGAUCGAGUUUUCUGGCGGUAUUUUAGGAAUGGCAUUCUUAGCAAGUGCUGAAACGGAGCAGAACCUUACCUGGUCUUUGAGAGAUAACUAUGGGGCAGAUGGAGCAGAGGAAUACACCGAGGCAUAUGACUUCAUACAGAAAAGGUUUCGAUGCUGUGGCGUAGCCGGUGAUGUGAUAGAUGCGGUGGUCGAGUAUAAAAUGACGGCUUUCUGGCUGAACCAGUCGCCGUUAAAACCCCGCGACGUGGUGCCUGCCAGCUGCUGUCGAGAGGGCGUCGACCCUGUCAUCUGCCGGUUAGAGAGGCCCCAGAACCUGUAUAGACUCUACUUGCAUAAUGUGGGAUGCCUCACGGCUACAGAGGCUCGUGUGACAGAGUACGGAGGGGUCGUGGGAGGAGUGGCGAUCUGCAUAUCUGUCUUACAUUUGGGUGGUAUGGUCUUCACCUUCUUACUGUACAGAGAGAUUCCCAGCAAGAGAUCCAGAUCAUGAAGCGGCUGAUAACUCAGGGAAGAGGGCCCUGUUUCAUCAAACCUGUUAUCAAUAACAAUUAAGUUCCAAUACCUGUUAUAAGCUACUGAAAUCCUAACAGUUGAUUGGCUAAGAGCAAAGUUGUUAUUGAUAACAAGUUUUAUGAAAUUGGGCCCUGAUCAUAGAUCAGAGAUUCCCAGCAAGAGAUCAAGAUCAUGAAGCGUUUGAUAAGCCAGGGAGGGCCCUGUUUUGAUCAAACCUGGGGGAGCGUUUCAUAAAGCUGUGCGUAAAGUUACGCAUGACUUUACGAAUGACUUGAAUAUAAAGAGCCAAAUGGGAUGCCCAAAAUUUUUCCUGACAUUUUAACAGACCGUGACUGUGUUUCCCAUAAUCUCAAUUAAAUUGUAGCCAAAAAUACACUUUGCAUUAAAAUGUUUUGUUAAAAAUGAUAAGGUUAAUCUAAAUCUGCAUAUAUAUUAUAACUUUAGCUCAUGCAAUUAAAAGGAUUUGAAAAUCCCAUUUAGCUCUUCAUUUUCAAGUCAUAUGGGUAACUUUACGCACAGCUUUAUGAAACACCCCUGUUAUCAAUAACAAGUUCCAAUACCUGUUAUAUAUAAGCUACUGAAAUCCUAACAGUUGAUUGGAUGAGAGCAAAGUUUUUAUCUUGUUAUUGAUAACAAGUUUUAUGAAAUGGGGCCCUGAUCAUAGAUCAACUGGCAGAAGUUUGUUAGCAAGCGUGCAUGCCACAAAGCAAAUUUUGAUAACUCACUCUUUAAGGUUUCGACUGCUCUAUACAUAGUACACUAAUAGUCCGUUCUUGUAUAGCGCAUAACACAUU